CUCUGUCCAUAUCUCUCUGGCUGUGUCUCGACCCAAGACAGAUGAGUCUUUGGAAGUAGUAGAGCAAAUGUAUUUGGCCAAAGGGUAGCAGAGAGAAAAAGGAAACUGAAGUCUGCCUUGUGAAGUAUGGUCCGUGUGAAGGAGUUGCAGUUUGAACGUCUCACCAGGGAACUCGAAGCCGAACGACAGAUUGUUGCCAGUCAGCUGGAGAGAUGCAAGCUUGGCUCUGAGGCUGGAAGCAUGACGAGCAUCAGUUCCGCAGAGGAGAAAUUUCGUUGGAACAACCAAGAUGGACAGAAAGACAUAGAGGAGGAGUUGACAACAGGCCUAGAGUUGGUGGACUCCUGUAUCAGAUCGCUCCAGGAAUCCGGCAUCUUGGACUCGCAGGACACCUCUACGGGAGAUCGACAAGGACUUCUCUCUCAUAGCGCUCUGCAGCUCAACAACCAGGAUGCUUAUGCAGCUGCAGGUUACCAUAGUAACCAAGCAAUGGCUCUCGGUGAAGUGGUCACGAGUCGCAGCGGACAUGUUGGCGGGGCUGUUCUAAGCUACAAUCAGGUGACAUCCAGCCGUGCGGCUGCCCAAUUGAUGGGGACAGACGCCGCCUCCCAGGCCCACAGAGAUUCAUUUGCCCAACAGGCUAUUGGAAGCGCCUUCCACAUGCCCACUGAUGGUGGACCUGCACCUACUGGACCAUCCAUGUAUUACUCCUGUGCCACCUUGCCUGCACAGCGUGUGAGCUCCCCUCUGCAGAUGAUGGGAUCUCCUACCAAGCUGCAGCGCCUAGGUACCGCGUCCUCCGACAUGCCCAGCUAUGCCACCCUACAUCGGGUGUCAUCACCCAAACAGUCCCCAAGUCGUCUUGCCAAGUCCUACAGCACCUCAUCACCUAUCAACAUGGUGCCACCGGGUGGCGGUGGCCCCUCCUCCCCGCUUUCCAUGGCAGCCCCAUCAGGAGGAAACCACACGUCAUCGCCUAUCCACCAGCUGAGCUCAGUAGUGGGAAGCUACGCCACUUUGUCGCCAAACAAGCGCAUGCUGCAUCACAUCGGAGGAGAAACUUACAAAAUUUCCCACGAGUUGUACGCCAAUGCAACCCUGAAAAGGCCAGGAAGCCUGGCAGGCUCCAGAGGUUCUUACAGCAGCCAGCACAGUCACCUCGGCUCUGAGUUGCGACCACUGCAGUCUCCGGAGCAUCACAUCGACCCCAUAUACGAAGACAGAGUCUACACCAAACCCAACCUAAGAGGACAAGCCCCACCUUCCCCCGGUGUCGACCCAAUCCCCUUGCAGCGAACGGGAAGCCAGAGCGCCGCCUCCACCUUCCAAAGAGGCAGCUUCGCGACAGGAGGCGGUCCUGACUUCAACCCGUAUCGCACGUUGCAGUUCUGCCCGUCCACCGAGUCGCCUUACAGCAAGUCGGGACCGGCUCUCCCUCCCGAAGCAGCCUUGGGCCGAUCUCCAUCUGUGGACAGCAUCCAUAAGGACCCAAGGGAGUUUGGUUGGAGGGAUCCAGAGCUGCCGGAGGUGAUCCAAAUGUUACAACAUCAGUUCCCAUCGGUCCAGUCCAACGCCGCUGCCUACCUCCAACACCUUUGCUUUGGAGACAACAAGAUCAAGUGUGAGAUUCGACGACAAGGUGGCAUCCAGCUUCUCGUAGACUUGCUGGACCACCGUAUGACCGACGUGCACCGCAGCGCCUGCGGAGCUCUUCGCAACUUGGUCUAUGGGAAGGCCAAUGACGACAACAAGAUUGCACUAAAAAACUGCGGAGGAAUACCGGCUCUGGUCCGACUUCUUCGGAAAACCACCGACGUAGAGAUCCGAGAGCUCCUUACAGGUGUCUUGUGGAACCUCUCGUCAUGUGACGCCCUGAAGAUGCCAAUUAUCCAGGAUGCCCUGGCUGUUCUGACCAAUGCUGUGAUCAUCCCCCACUCGGGCUGGGACACCUCCCCUCAUACGCAAGAAGACCGCAAAUUACAUCUCCACUCCUCCCAGGUCCUCCGCAAUGCCACCGGAUGCCUCCGCAAUGUGAGUUCUGCAGGCGAGGAGGCCCGCAGGAGGAUGAGGGAGUGUGAGGGUCUGACAGACGCUUUACUCUACGUCAUCCAGACUGCAUUGGGGAGUAGUGAGAUUGACAGCAAGACCGUUGAGAACUGUGUGUGCAUCCUGAGGAACUUGUCAUACCGUCUGGCAGCAGAGACAUCUCAUAACCAACAAGGGGGGUCUGAGGAGCUUGAUGGUCUCUUGUGUGACACCGGGGGGAAGGAUGCAGAGAGUUCCGGAUGCUGGGGCAAGAAGAAGAAGAAAAAGAAGGGACAUGACCAGUGGGACGGUGUAGGUCCAUUUCCAGAUUUGGCGGACUCCCCAAAAGGCAUUCAGAUGUUAUGGCAUCCCAGUAUUGUCAAGCCCUACCUUACCCUGCUGUCUGAAUGCUCCAACCCCGACACCCUGGAGGGAGCAGCUGGUGCUCUGCAAAACCUUGCUGCUGGGAGCUGGAAGUGGUCAGUUUAUAUCCGGGCUGCAGUGCGUAAAGAGAAGGGCCUUCCUAUCCUUGUGGAGUUACUGAGGAUAGACAAUGACCGAGUUGUCUGUGCCAUCGCCACUGCCUUGAGGAACAUGGCUCUCGACAUCAGAAACAAGGAGCUUAUUGGUAAAUAUGCCAUGAGGGACCUGGUGCACCGAUUACCUGGUGGCAGUACCACCAACAACAAUACUAGUAGUAGUGGUGGAGGAAGUGGCAACAGUUGCGCUCUGGUGGGAAAGACCAUGUCGGACGACACCGUCACCGCUAUCUGCUGCGCUCUGCAUGAGGUUAUCACCAAAAAUAUGGAGAACACCAAGGCCCUGAGGGAUGCCGGGGGCAUAGAGAAGCUCAUUGGUGUCGCCCGAAGCAAAGGAGACAAACAUAGUCCCAAAGUUGUGAAAGCAGCAUCUCAAGUGCUAAACAGCAUGUGGCAAUACCGAGACCUGCGCAGCCUUUACAAAAAGGAUGGCUAUUCCCAAUAUCACUUUAUUGGCUCAUCGUCCACAAUAGAAAGGGAUAGGCAGCGGCCUUAUUCUUCUUCUCGUACGCCAUCCAUCUCUCCUGUACGGACCUCACCAAACAAUCGAUCGGCAAGUGCGCCAGCGUCUCCGAGGGAUAUGGUGGCGUUGAAGGAGAGGAAGAACGACUAUGAGCUGAGUGGCAACGCGACCUACCGCGGGAACAAGGGUGAACACGUGUCCCGAAAGGAUGCUACUAUGGGUCCACUCUCCACUGGUUCUUCAACUCUUCACAGAGGAGCAUAUGUGUCACCGACUGAUGACCUGAAGUAUAAUCAGGUCUCAUCUCAAGGAUUGCCUUCAGAGCCCUACCCGCCUUUCCAAAAUCCUCCCCCAAAUGACAGCGGCAAUUAUGAGGACCAGGCCUUCUAUGAGAACCAGGUUCAUGCAGGGGGGCGCCCCCCUCAAGGCGAGCUCAACAUGCACUUGCAGGGCCUGAAGUCCACCGGAAACUAUGUCGAUUUCUACUCAGCCUCUCGGCCCUACAGCGAGCUCAACUAUGAGACGAGCCACUAUCCGGCCUCUCCGGACUCCUGGGUCUGAGGCCGAGGGCGGUGAGGGAGGAGCACAUGAGCAGGACCAAUAGUCUAUAAUAUAAAGUAGGAAAGACACCCACCUCUCUGUUCUUUAGUAGCAUCAUCAGUAGCAGGACAUCUAAGUGCAAGAUGGGGACCAAGAUAGGAUGCAAACUGAACGGACACUGAACUCCUUCUAGUGACUUUAAGAGGAGAAGGAUCGAGGGGAGGCAAAGAAGAACCGGAGGGUGGCGGAAGAGGACUUGCAUGUGCAUGCACACCACCACCAAAACUGACAGACAUUUUCUUUCUGUGUUUAGUUUGUGACCAAACUGUUAGAAAGCCCGGCAGAUGGAAAGAUAAUGACGUGCUGCGCUCGGAGGCCCCUUGGUAAAGAACGUAAGACUUGAAUAUUGAGUCACGAGUAAAAUAAGUGACCAAAAAAAAAAUUAUAUUAAGGCAAAGAGGAAAAAUGGAAACGAAGGAAAGAUUUCUGAAAGCACGUGGAAGUUGGCACGAGUAGCUGAGAAAAACGUUUGUAUAUAUGUGAUAUAGUAACUUGGCUUUUAGUAAUGCGAAGCACAAGAAGCAGAGCUGUAGAACAAGUAGAACAUCUGAUACACAAACUUUGUUUCUCUCUGUGGCUUCAGCGUGAUGUAUCCUCCUCCAGGCAAAGAUUGCUUUUGGACGUUGUCAUUUGUAACAGUAUGUUUUUUUUAUUUUAUUUUGUUUGUGAUUCUACUUUAUAAAUUCUUGGUUGUAUAGUAUUUGAUGUACACUGUACAUUUACUGGCGAUGCAUUGUGUAUUUGUACAUUGCAGUAUUACCUGUGUCAGGGCUGCACCCAGCUCAUUUCUUCACUAUACUGUCACUAGACCCUUUACACACACACACACACACACACACACACACUAUAUGUGCUACAACACACAGUAAAAAUGCCUGUUAAAGCAGAAAUAAGAAUGGGUCACAGCACUCCAUUGACUGCCUUAUAUAUACAGUAUAGUAGGAUCUAUUCUACGUGAAUAAAUUCAUACUAUGGUUUGUUCUUUAGGUAACAUAUAGUUAACCCUUCCAUGAAAGCCCGGCCAGAUUCGGAGUUCAAAUAAAAAUACUCCAAGAUGUUAGCUAAGCGAUAUUAGUUUGUACUCUUGUUCCAUUUCUCUUGAAAUAAGAGGAUUAUUUGUAACAGUGAAAAAGAUUAUUCAGGUUUUUUUUAUUUUUCAUAGUUACUCAAUUUCGUCAAUUUUUGUGUCAUUUUGUGAGCAAAUUCAACAGUAUAUUGUCUUUCACUCAAAAUAUGGCCAGGGUAUGAAUAAUUAUGGACCUACAAAGUGCAACAUCCUAUAAACUCGAGGGCGCUAUUCUGAUUUUAGCUGCUACCACCUCAUUUUGUCUUUUAAAGAUCACACAUCAAGGUAUAGUUUUAAUUUAGCCAUAGAGUUCUUAUAGAGUAUCUUAUAAAAAUUCAACACGAAUGCCAUCCAUAGUCAAUCAUAGAGUGAAAAAUACUUUGAUAAACCUGUGACCACCAAUAGACAGAUACGUAGCUCGAACUUUAGAAAUAAAAUUUAAAUAUACUAUUGCUUCCGUGAGAAUGAAUGUCAAACUAUCAAAACAACCAAGAUGGGCACGCAUCAAUCAAAAUCAAAAACUCGCAUAAACCUCCAGAAACCUACUGUUUGUAUAUUUAUACAUUCUUCUUUUUUUUAAGAACAAGUGAGCGCUUCAUUUUAGUGCUCAGUGUGUACAUAAUAGUGCCAAACUCGGUUUCUGCAACCCCAGCCCCAACUCCGGCGGGCAGGGAACACAUUUAAUGGUUUAGUUGGGACAUGCUUGUGGUUUUAACUUUGCCAGUUUGUAAAUGCUUUGUUUUUCUGUCUUUUUUUUUUUUCUAAAUUGUGGACUAUUGACAUGGAAGUUGAGUAACUGCAGUGGGACCAGAGAGAAUUCCAAAAAACAAAACAAAAAAUAAAAAAGGAGACAAUUAAAACACUGAAAAGACAACUAUUCAAACAUUUCUAACAAUUUCUGUUAUAAAAUCAAUUUCUGUGUUAUAAAAUCAAUGUUUGAAGUACAACAAAAGUUUUAUGACAAAUGGGUUGCAAAUUCAUGGUAGACUAUUAAUAGAGUACUGUUAAUAGAGUAUGAAUAUAUAUUAUAUAAAUAUCAACUUUUUAAUGUGCAGAUGUGGAUGUCACAGCAGCAACAUUAUGGCAAAAGACUUCCUGUAGGAUGUUCACUUUUUACUUUCCUGGUCAACACACUGAAUUGUCUAUUUGUGCUGUAAUGUUGCUACGUGGAGUAGAUUAGAUCGAGGCUUGCGGAUCCUUGUUGCCACUCAAAACAUCGAUGAUUCCAAAGUUCUUGAAACUGUAUUGUCAGAUGUGAGCUGCCACAAAGCAAAGCAAAUUGGGACAAAUAUGAAUUUGCUCCCGCCUCCAAACACAAUCUAUUUAAUUGGUGGCAAUAACCUACACUGUCACAAAUUAAACUGAAACUAAAUUGUGAUUUUUUUUUUAAUUAUUAUUUUUUAUUUUAAUGAGGUUGUACAACUUGACAAAGCUCUGUUUUUUGGAAGGCUUAGAUUCCUGGGGGAAAAAAACACCGUAGUUGUUGCCAGAUUAUUGACAAUGUUGUAUAUGUCAUUGUGAUCCCGUGGCAGUCAAACCAACAGUAAGGACUUUAUAGAGAUAUGACAUUUGUGGUUUCAAACCAAACAUGUUUUAAAAAGAGAAAUGUGAAUCUUUAUAUGCCUCAAACUGAUUGCAACCGCUCCAAAAUAUAAAUGGUCCAUUGAAGAGGAAA